GUGUGUGGGGGAGCGAUUUUACACUCCCAGCAAGGCGGUUCCUCAUUCUGUACGUAAAGUCUCCGAGUAGGGUGUGGACAGUGAGGGCUAGUGUCCGCCACACUGUCCUUUCUCGGCUUGUUCACUUCAGCCAGAGCUGCCUCUUCAACAGGUAGCGCUAUAUAACACCCCUCUCCCAGGGCACUCCUGGUAGGGGACGAAGGAUUAUAUUAGGCAGAGGAAACCUAGCGAGUUACAAUGGACGACAUCUUCACUCAGUGCAGAGAAGGGAACGCUGUAGCCGUCCGCCUCUGGCUGGACAACACGGAGAACGACCUAAACCAGGGAGAUGAUCAUGGAUUUAGUCCACUGCACUGGGCGUGUCGGGAGGGCCGCACCAAUGUGGUGGACAUGCUCAUUAUGAGAGGAGCUCGCAUCAACGUGAUGAACCGCGGAGACGACACGCCUCUCCACCUGGCCGCUAGCCACGGACACCGUGAGAUCUUGGGCAAGCUGAUCCAGUGCAAAGCAGACACCAACGCAUCUAACGAACACGGCAACACCCCUCUCCACUAUGCCUGCUUCUGGGGCCAUGACUUGGUCGCCGAGGACCUUGUCAAUAACGGUGCUCAGGUGAGCAUCUGUAACAAAUAUGGAGAAACACCAGUGGACAAAGCAAAGCCACACCUGCGAGACCAUCUGAAAGAAAUGGCUGAGAAGCAAGGACAAAAUCUGACCAAAGUUCCCUUUAAGGACACCUUCUGGAAGGGCACAACCAGAACACGACCACGCAAUGGCACCCUAAACAAGCAUGCCGGAAUAGACUACAAGCAGCUUUCAUUUAUGGUCAAGGUCAAUGAAAAUCACUCAGGAGAGUUGUGGAAGGGCCGCUGGCAAGGGACUGAAAUUGUGGUUAAAGUGUUCCACAUUCGGGAUUGGACCACCAGAAAGAGUCGUGACUUUAAUGAAGAAUACCCCAAACUAAGAAUAUUCUCCCAUCCCAACGUGUUGCCCAUGUUGGGGGCUUGUCAGUCCCCCCCUGCUCCCCACCCCGUCAUCAUCACACACUGGAUGCCAUAUGGCUCCCUUUACAACGUGCUCCAUGAGGGCACCAACUUUGUGGUGGAUCAGAUGCAAGCGGUGAAGUUCGCCCUGGAUAUUGCAUGUGGGAUGGCUUUUCUUCACACACUGGAACCCAUGAUUCCGCGUCACUAUCUCAACAGCAAGAGUGUUAUGAUAGAUGAGGACAUGACAGCCAGGAUAAGUAUGGCAGAUGUAAAAUUCUCCUUCCAGUGUCCGGGCAGGAUGUAUUCUCCAGCAUGGAUAGCCCCUGAGGGUAUAUCUCUUUCAUUUUGCUUUUUCAUUAAACCCGAUUUUUAUAUCUUUUCUGAUUUCUUACCCAGUGUCCUUUUUUUUCUUUAG